AUGCCCCCAGACUCUAAGACAAAGAUACGCCCGCAGCAGUCGUGCCUCAGAUGUCGUGAGCGCAAAGUGAAGUGCGACCGUUCUAUCCCAUGUCACGCCUGCAUAAUCCGGGGUCUCGAAGCAGAAUGUACCUACCUAACAACGGCCGAAGAUCGCGCCCACAUCAGUCAAUCCGAGAUAAUCAACCAACUACGCCGCGAAGUCGCACAACUGCGGGGGCGCCUAAACCACAAUCCACGAGAGCCAAGCCAUAGCAAGAGCCAGAGUCAAAGCCAGAGUCAAAGCCAGCGCCAGCGCCAGCGAUCGCGCCCGGGCCAAACGGGCGGGACUUUCCCAGGCAACGGUCAUAGUUGGACACAAUAUGCGCCUACGAACACGGGCUAUAAUUACGACAGCCAUGGCCAUGGCAAUGGCUCUGGAUAUGUGACCGGCGCUGGCGCUGGUUCUGCCUCGGCUAGAGGUACCCCGGAUACUGGUGAAGGCAGCUGGCGCGGGUCGUCGCCAUCCUCGUCGAUCACGACCACGACGAACUCUGUGACUGUUACGAGUCCUGAUAGUACGGGGAGUGAGAAUGGGACUGGGCCAAUGUCUACUUCGUCGCGGUCGGCUUCCGCUUCAGCUUAUCCUAUCGCGACAGGGUAUGCGCCGCAAGCUGCGGGGCUGGAUGGGUCGACUACAGUUGAAUCGCUUGCUUUUGGAAAUACUCUAGAAGACGCGACAAUGUCUGGAUAUCAUGCCGGAGGCAUGACCUUCACUCCGGGGGACAUGUCUGGAACAAUCCCAGUAUCGAUGCAGGGUCUCCCAAUGCACGGGUUUCACGCACAGAAUGCGAUGCCAGCGAUGCACCACCCACCGCUAUACGGAGCCAAUAGCGAUGAUUAUAUGCUUGACGGAAGCAAAGCACUACCAUUCCUACAACACACUGGCUAUCCCGCACCUAUACCAACAUCAACAGCAACACAUUACGGGGAAGAACAUUCGAUACCAAAUGACGAUGACAGGGCUCAUGCAUAUUAUCAGUGGGGGCAAGAUGCAUAUGGGAAUCUGAAUCCUAGUCCGAACCAAUUUCCGCACACGCACACAUACCAAAACCCGUCUCAUUAUUCAACUAUCAACCCUUUUACCAACAGCGCCGUCACGACCACCAACACAAACAUCAACAUCUAUACAGAUGCAUCCUUCUCCGUACCCACCCCGAUACCCGUGGCAAGCGAUACUUCAAGUCAUGCCAGCCCCAGCUCCCAGGAUCGUCCUUCACCAACAACCAUCAUGAAUUCAAUGCCAAACUCCUGGGAGGUCGAGGGGAAACAGGAGCUGCUGGAGGUGCUGCUAGAAACAAUCGCCACCUGUGACGAGCAAAGUCUACCCCAGGUGAUUCAGGUCAUGCGGGAGAGUCCUUCACCCGAGGAGGCUGUCUCGGGGGUUUGUCGGGUUCUCGGGAUUGGAAAUGGCCGGUGA